AUGUCGGAAUGUUUCAAUGUUCGAUGCUUGGUUCGUUGUUCUAUGGCGCAAAGCUACGCGUGUGCACCGCUGUCGACGUCGGGAUACGGGAACGCAGAAAUUCUAAACACGAACCGGGGUUACAGACAGUGGAGAAAAUUCAGACCAAAGCGAGGGUGCUAGCAGACACACCCCGAUAAGCUCGAUCGUUGACGGCCUUAAGAAUCAUAUUGGAUUUUUGAAUCGUCGAUCGGUUCACUCUGACCGAUUAUAAUUCACACUCUCAGUGCAAGGGUGCGGAACAUAUCUUCUGUGAUUUUGACAGUGACCUGUGAAUCGAAGAGUGAAAAUACGUGAGAAAAACUGGACUUAUAGAUAUUUCAGCAAGUAGAAUUCAUGGAAAAGGGUCUGAAAGGACCCGAAGUGCCGGGUAUAUCUCAAAUUAGUCAAACUGGAACUGAUGGAACUAGAAAAUAUCGUAGCGAACACUGUAUAUUUAAAAGCGAGAGAGGGUGGUUCCGAUAAUAACAAAGGAAAAAGCAAAAAAUGGAGAAAAAUUCUCCAAUUUCCCCACAUUUCUCAAUGUAUAGAGUUAAUGAACCAAAUAGACGUGUCCUACGAGUACAUAGUCGACCAGCAACCCAUCGGAAGGCUCCUAUUCGAACAAUGGUGCGAGGUGCAACGUCCCGAGUACCACAGAUGCCUCAAGUUCCUCGACGCCGCCAAACGCUACGAGGUCGAGACCGACGAGCAGAAGAUCGAGCUGGCCGGCGCCAUCCGUAAGGAGUUCCUGAACGCCGAGGGCGCCGAGAACGGCGUCUCCAUGCCGGCCGAGUUCAAGGUGGCCAUGUCCACGAUCGCCGAAGUCCUACCUCAGAUCGCCGAGAACGGUACCGAGAAGCCUUCCGGCGAGGUGGUCAACCCUGUCGUGGUGGUGGACGCCGCGAAACCCACGAACGGACAUUGCAAGGACAUGUUCGCGCCCUGCGCGCACGCCGUGAAGUCUCUACUCAGUGCCGAUCCGUUUCGCGAGUUCACGAACUCCAUGUACUUUCACAGGUACCUGCAGUGGAAGUGGCUGGAGGGACAGCCCAUUACCUAUAAGACUUUCAGGAUGUACAGAGUGCUGGGGAAGGGCGGUUUCGGGGAGGUGUGCGCGUGUCAGGUACGGGCGACAGGAAAAAUGUACGCCUGCAAAAAACUAGAGAAGAAAAGAAUAAAAAAGAGGAAAGGAGAAGCCAUGGUCCUGAUAGAAAAGCAAAUCCUUCAAAAAAUCAAUUCACGUUUUGUGGUCAAUUUAGCCUAUGCCUACGAAACAAAAGACGCGCUGUGUCUAGUCCUUACCAUCAUGAACGGGGGAGAUCUUAAAUUUCAUAUUUAUAACAUGGGUGGAGACCCUGGCCUUGAUAUACAGAGGGCCAGGUUCUACGCUGCUGAAGUGGUUUGUGGCCUGGAUCACUUGCAUCAACAGGGCAUUGUAUAUAGAGACUGUAAACCCGAAAACAUUUUAUUGGAUGACGCAGGUCACGUGAGGAUCUCAGACUUAGGUUUAGCUGUAGAUAUACCAGAAGGGGAGUCCGUUAGAGGAAGAGUAGGAACAGUAGGAUAUAUGGCACCCGAAGUGAUAGACAAUGAACGAUAUUCAUAUAGUCCUGAUUGGUUUAGCUUUGGCUGUCUUCUUUAUGAAAUGAUAGAAGGCCAAGCACCAUUCAGAGCGAGAAAAGAAAAAGUUAAGAGAGAGGAAGUUGACAGAAGGGUGAAAUCGGACCUCGAAAAGUACUCUUCUAAGUUCACAGAGGAAGCCAAGAACCUUUGUCAGCAGUUGUUGGCCAAGCUGCCUGCUCAGAGACUAGGUGGAAAGGCUGGAAGACACGGGGCUUGCAUUGUAAAGCAACAGCCGUUUUUUCAUCAAGUGAAUUGGAAGAGGUUGGAAGCUGGAAUGGUAGAGCCGCCAUUUAUACCCGAUCCUCAUGCCGUUUAUGCCAAAGACGUCCUUGACAUUGAACAGUUUUCAACAGUAAAGGGUGUGAAUAUAGAUGAAAACGAUGCAUCUUUCUACAGUAAAUUCAAUACUGGCUGUGUGUCCAUUCCAUGGCAGACUGAGAUGAUAGAAACUGAUUGUUUCAGACAGUUAAAUGUUUUUGGACCAUACAAUACACGGUCCCCUGAUUUGAUACUCCAACCUGUAACUUCAUCAGAAAAUGAAGGGUGUUUUCCGUUCAGAAGAAAGAAAAAGCCUCUUCCCAGAUCGAGACCUAUACAGAUAAAUCCGGCUAUGUUACCUCAACUCACAGAGAGCUGAUAAUUUGUGACAUCUCAAUAAAAUACAUAAGAACAACAUUGAUUACCUCUUCAACAUCUUGGCCAGUUAUCACUUUUUUCUUGAAAAUCCAGUAGCUGAACUUAUCACACAAGAAUAUUAAUAUCGCGCCUAAUAUUGAUUAAUUG